UGAAAUGACUUAUCCUGGUGCUGACAACGAUGGGAUUGUGUCUUCCAGGGCAGUGUUCCUCCAUGUGAGAUUCUCCUUUUCUUCCUGCAGCCUCAGUCACUUCACAUCCUCCAAAUCCUCUACCAAAUGUACAGGGGUCUUUCGCUGUUACGUGAAGAGCACUACUGCUCUGCUCCAUCCCUGGACAGAUCCAGAGUGUGUGCUGAGUGAGGAAGGUAGCCUUUGGUAAAAGGCGCAUUGGAAGACUGAACUACAAUAUAUACAUAAAAGGGCUAUAACUGAAGUACAAGAUGGCAAGAACCAGCCACAGCAACUAUGUCCUUCAGCAGCUAAACAACCAAAGAGAGUGGGGCUUUCUCUGUGACUGCUGUAUUGCUAUUGAUGAUAUUUAUUUUCAAGCACAUAAAGCAGUCCUUGCUGCAUGCAGCUCUUACUUUAGGAUGUUUUUUAUGAACCAUCAACACACUACAGCCCAGCUGAAUCUAAGCAACAUGAAGAUCAGUGCUGAAUGUUUUGAUCUCAUUUUACAGUUCAUGUAUUUAGGAAAAAUUAUGACAGCCCCUGCCAACUUUGAGCAAUUUAAAGUGGCCAUGAACUAUUUACAGCUGUAUAAUGUACCUGAAUGUCUAGAAGAUAUACAGGAUACAGACUCAUCUAGUUUAAAAUGUUCAUCAUCUGCUUCCAGCACCCAGAAUAGUAAAAUGAUAUUUGGCGUGAGAAUGUAUGAAGACACGGUUGCUAGAAAUGGCAGUGAAGUAAACAGGUGGGGCGUGGAGCCGCCAAGUUCAACAGUAAAUACGUCCCAUAACAAAGAGCCUGAUGAAGAAGCCUUGCAGCUAGGCAGUUUCCCUGAACAGCUAUUUGAUGUCUGCAAAAAAAGCACCACAUCCAAAUUCUCUCACACAAAAGAUCGUGUGUCCCAUUCACGGCGUUUUGGAAGAAGCUUCACCUGCGACAGCUGCGGGUUUAGUUUUAGCUGUGAAAAGUUACUGGAUGAGCACGUGUUAACGUGCACUAACAGGCAUUCUUACCAAAGUGCCAGGUACUAUGGUGCUGAAAAAAUUGACUUUAACGAGAAAGACUCUUCUUCUAAAAUACUCUCUGCACAAACAGAAAAAUAUAAAGGGGACACAAGCCAAGCUGCUGACGAUUCGUCAUCUCCUGUGUCAAACAUUACAAGCAGAAAAAGCAGCACAGUUGCAUCGGAGACGUCAGGUGAAGAAGGAAGUAGAGCCUCUGAGAGGAAGAGGAUUAUUAUCAAGAUGGAACCAGAGGACAAUCCUGCAGAUGAGCUGAAAGAUUUUAAUAUUAUUAAAGUGACAGAUAAAGACUGCAAUGAGUCUUCUGACAACGAUGACCUCGAUGAUGAACAGGAAGAGCCGCUUUACAGAUACUAUGUUGAGGAAGAGAUCAGGGAGAAGAGAAAUGCUCGCAAGACUUUAAAACCCCGUUUAUCCAUGGACGAGGAUGAAAGAAAAUGUUUAAAAAGUCCACGGCACCUUAGCAGGAAAGCUCCUUCAGUGCAGGAAGAUGUGGAGAAUGCUCCCUGUGAACUUUGUGGGCUAACAAUCACUGAGGAAGAUCUAUCCUCUCAUUAUUUAUCCAAACACAUAGAAAAUAUAUGUGCUUGUGGCAAGUGUGGUCAAAUACUAGUCAAAGGUAAACAGUUACAGGAUCACGCACAGACCUGUGGAGAACCCCAGGAUCUGACCAUGAAUGGUAUAAGAAAUUCUGAGGAAAAAAUGGACUUGGAAGAAAAUGCUGAGGAACAGUCAGAAAUAAGGGACAUGAUGUUUGCAGAGAUGCUAGAGGACUUCAGGGAUGGUCAUUUCCAAAUGAACAGUCUUCAAAAAAAACAAUUAUAUAAGCAUUCUGCAUGUCCCUUCCGAUGUCCUAAUUGCGGUCAGCGUUUUGAAACUGAAAACCUAGUGGUUGAACAUAUGUCAAACUGCCUAGAGCAAGAUCUGUUUAAGAAUUCCAUUAUGGAAGAGAAUGAAAGAGAUCACAGACGUAAGCAUUUCUGCAAUCUUUGCGGGAAAGGAUUUUAUCAGCGGUGUCACUUGCGGGAACACUAUACUGUUCACACCAAGGAAAAACAGUUUGUUUGUCAGACAUGUGGGAAGCAGUUCUUAAGGGAACGCCAGUUGCGGCUCCACAAUGAUAUGCACAAAGGAAUGGCCAGUAGUGAAAUAGGGACUUCUAAGCUUCUGAACAACUGAGAGAACCAGGUUUGAAGAAGACAUGAGGAAGAAGUGUUCGGCAAAAGAUUUCUUAAAAACUCAGAACCGUGUGUGCCAGAUCUGAAUUGGCAUCAUCAUUGCUUUUUUGACAGACCACUUGCAAAAGACACCAAAGCAGUCAAAUUAGAACACUCAGUAAAAGUUCUUUUGGACUCUUUUCUAUACUAUAAAACUUACUUUCUUGUGACUAUUAUUUACAUAUGUCAAAAACUAACUGAAGUCUCCUUUUACAGAGCAGAUAGCUAAGAGAGGCAGAUGCCAGGUGUUAAGGGCAGCACUCAAAUGAGUUUGCAAAGGCUGUUAAUCAUGCUGGACCAUUCCUUCUCUGAAAUGAGGCUUACUGACUAAAGCUGGUCAGACUUUUUGGUUUAAACAUUAGAGGUGUAUCCUGGUGAACUAAAGCUCAUGCAUUUUCAGGCAGUUACAAUGCUAAACUACCGAGUGUUAAAGAAAUAACUUGUUUUAGUCUGGAGUACAAGGUGAAAAAAACCUUGAAAACUGAGCAAAAAGGGUCCCUGAGGAAGGACAGGAUGGUGAGAAAAAUCCAGCUGACUCUGACUCCCCUUGCCGCCAUGAUCAUCAUUUGCAAGCUGAAGAGGACCUUCCAUGCAGCACAGUGCUUAAAUACGGAGAGUAAAAAAAUGGUGCUCUGGUCUCAUUACGAGAACGGUGAAAAGUUGGGACCGACAAGGCGACGAGUAAACGUGAAAUAAUCUUCACAGGGCACAGUGUGCACUUUGUUCUGGACCUAAACCUUGCAAAAGUUGGCUUGGAGAAGAGAAUAAGGCAUUCACGUUCAGAUUCGAGCGUUUCAGGAAUCCUAGUAUUUCCAGCUAAGCUAAUGGGGAAAAGGCAAAACAAGGCAGUCAAUGUUUCAAACUUAGGGCCGGCAUGGAUUAAAAACAGUAUUAAUUUCCUUUGCUCCCCCAGACAACAGUGGAUCAGUCCCCCAGACAACAGUGGAUCAGACAGAGACCUGUAAGCAGACUAAACAUGCUCAUCUAUAUUCUGCUGUAGUUAUGCAUCUUACUAAUUCUAGUCAUGACUAUAAAAGGAUGUUUCAUUGUUAAGUAUAACUGCUUUCUCAAGAAGAGUCGGUCUAUAAUUUUAUUUAAAAUUGGCAUUAUUUUUGUUACUGUUGUAAAGUGUGUAAAGUAUUGUCUGUAUUGCAGCUUGUAUAGGGCAUGUGUCUUUUGCUUGCUUUACUCUUUUGGAGUUUAUAAAGUUGCUAUAUAAAAGCAAGAUGGUCAGGUAUCUUUGAAUGUGGUGGUUUAAUCUGAUUACAUAGCCCUGAACAUUUCAGCAUAUAGAUGUUUAAAGUAUCAGUGGUGUUAAAAUAUAACAUCUCAAACAGUAAUCUAGGCAUUUUAAAAGCCUUCAGUACAAUACUGGAAUGCUGACACUUCUGUCACAGGUGGCUGGUCUAGAAUAAUGGGUGAGAACCGAGAAAAAGCCAGAUACCCCUGGAGAACUGCUCUGGGAGAAGGCGCAAUACAGCUGGAGAAAUCUAAUAGAAAACGGAAUGACCUUUCCAGAGAGACCAGAAAAGUUGCAAAACUGCUAGGACCGUCACGAAACAGAGGACAGAAGGGAAAAAUGCUUAUAGCAUCAUUAUAAAGUUAGGCCUAGAACUACAGGGCCAAAGUAAUUUUUUUAAGCAUAGGAAGUCUAGAACAGACUGGAACUGUUUUGUAACUUAGCAAUUAUUUGCAGUCUAUGCAAAGUAUAAGUCAAGACAUUCCAGGAUAGUUUUCAUUACCUUUAAAACUUAAUCUGUACUUUGAUACAGUGUCUUUAAUAAAAUGUUCUUACAAGUCUGCUUAUUAUUCUCAUUUAAUUCCAUCCUAUGCCUGAGUUUAAAAAGUCCCAGCAACAAGAGUGAAGUGUUAAUUAGCAUCUGCUUCAUCUGCUCCUGAGUUCUUCCCGUUCACCUAAUAAGAAUGACAAGGGGAAAAACUGAGACAACUAGAAGUCAAAUAAUCAUAAGAAUGAGAAAAUAAGAGAAACUCAUAGCAGCUACAGCUCAUUUUUCAUCAAAGUUCUUCACGCUAAGCAUUAAUCAAAGUGAUUAAUUAAAUUGUAUUGAUUUGUAAGUAUGAAGCAUUGAUCUUUGACUGUAUUUACAGUAUACCAUUUUCCUUGUUUAGACUUCUCGCCAUUUUCUAGCUUUGCAGUAAUUGCCAAUAACAGGAGCAUGUUGUUUAACGCCAUUCAGAGCAGGUCUAGACAAAAUUCAAUAUUUUCAUUUCUCCAUCGCCAUCACCAUUUAUCCAUCUAGCCAUUAGAGAGUAUCCUUCUAAUCUUUUCAAAAAAGAUCAAGCAGAGCUAGAUCUUUAUACUAGAAGAUUAGAAUACAAAAUAAUCUUGGCAAGGUGAAGAUAUGAUCUGAAAACUUAAGAUAUUAUUUAAUAGGAACAAGUGCAAGUUGGAAUCAUCAGCUAUAUAAAUAAGGAACAGCUGCCUAAUUUCCAUUGAAAAGAAUCUGUCCCACACUGGAUCAAAUUCUGAACAUAAGUCAGCAACCACACGCUGUUGCA